UGCUCAGUAAACCGUGCUUACAACUCCAAUUAAAGAAUUCCAUAACUUUAAUUUGUUGUUGUUGACCAUUUUUAUUCAUUUAUGUGAUCUUAAUUCUCUCGUACUAAUACAAGAUCACAUCCUCAAUAAUGAAUAUGGAAUUUUUCUGAAAUUUACAAAAUUAUUCAAACAAUAAUUUAACAAUCUAAAUAUAACAAUAAUAAUAAACCGUUGUAUUUAUUUAUUCACAGAAAAACAAAUGUCUUUACAUGCUUUUAGGACACACUCCUAACAAAAGCUUGCAUUUCCCAAGGAAAACAAAAUUCCCGGAUCGUACUACGAGACGAAAAAGAGAUUGAAAAAAUUAGGGUUAGGAUACGAGUCCAUUCACGUGUGUCAGUAUGAUUGUUGCUUAUUUUACAAUGAGCAUGCAUCUAAAGAGACAUGUCCAGUAUGCGAAAGUAGUAGAUGGAUUACUUCCGAAAUGACGAAAGGAAAAAAAGUGCCACACAAGGUGAUGCGUUACUUUCCGUUGACCCCUCAGUUGAAAAUAUUAUACAGUUCAAAGAUUACAGCAAAACACAUGAUAUGGCAUCACGCCUGGAAAUCAAAAGAUGAAGGGGUGAUGCGAUACCUGAUGGACGGCUCUGUGUGGAAGGACUUUGAUGACAAGCAUCCUGAUUUUUUAAGGGAUCCCAGAAAUUUUCGUUUGGGCUUAGCUGCUGAUGGAUUUAAUCCAUUUGGCAACAUGAACCUUGCAUAUAGCAUGUGGCCUGGGGUGUUGGCAAACUAUAAUCUGCCACCUUGGUUGUGUAUGAAAGAUAAUUAUUUCAUGUUGACCCUCCUUAUUCCUGGGCCAAAAUCACCCGGUAAGGACAUGGAUGUAUUUCUGAGACCAUUGGUGGAUGAGUUGAAGGAUAUGUGGGUUAACGGAGUUGAGACAAGAGAUAGUUCGACCAACAGGAUGUUCAAGAUGCGGGCAGCCCUUUUGUGGACAGUGAACGAUUUUCUAGCUCGCAGUAGUUUGUCUGGAUGGAGUGGUCAGGGAUACAAAGCUUUUCCUACGUGUAAUGAGGACACAACUUCCAUCCGAGUGAUCGGUAAGACAUCUUAUGUUGGUCACAGAAGAUUUUUGCCAAGUACUCAUCGAAUGAGAAGAGACACCGAGUUCAAUGGAGAAGUUGAGAGAAGACGUCCUCCGAGACGGUUUACUUGUGAGGAUAUACUAGAACAACUUAAUGCUCUUGCAGCGCAAGUUCCAGGAAAACAUGUCCAGUAUGGGGGUGUGAAACGUAAAAGAGGAGUAGAUGAAGGUAAUUGGAGGAAAAAAAGUAUUUUUUACGAUGUGAAUCAUCGACUAAUUUGGGACAUUAAGGACAAUUCUGAUGAGGUUAAUGAUGUUGUACAUGAAACAAGUUCAUCAAAUUUUGUGUUGACUGUGGACCUCGGAGAGUUGAUUAUGCAAUCUGAUCAACCUGCUGCAUAUGUUGGAGCUGAUGAAGAGGGUGACGACGAAGCUGAUAUGUCAGAACAUGAGGAAGUCACAGAUGCAGAGGAUGAAUUGUUAGUUAAGCUUUGUGAAGAUGAAAAUGUGUUUCCGAUUACUGAUGGAAAUGAUAGUGAUUACUCUGUUUAGUUUUUCUAUUUGUGUAACAGAACUGUAUAUUUAAAUAUAAUAAAGUUUUUUUUUGUACUUAUUAUUAUAAUGAAUUGAAUGUGAUAUACUUCUAUUUUAAUGCUAAUUACUAACUAAUAAAUUUUAAACUGAAGUAUAAUGUCAGCUGAUAUAGCAACUUAUCAUGGCGGAGAUGGUGGGGGUCAAGACUCGCCAGAUCCUUCUAAGCCCCGCCGACGAGAAGAAAAGGUUGUGGCCUUGCUAGUAAUAAUGUUCUUGAAGAACGAAGGAAAAAAGCUGGGAAACCAUUGGAUCUAGAGCCUGAUCCUGUGACCAACAAAGUGGUUGGGCAGGAGGAUCAAGCUUUUAUUCGCAUGUUGGGCACUCUAGUUACCAUUUUGUGUUCGGGACAUUAUUUGGAUUUUGCUGAUGUACCUCAACAGUUUAAGGAUCAAGUGCUUGAUCGUAUGAGGUAUUACUAUAAUAUAUACGGUCAUCCACAACGUGAGUCAGUUCUGGCAACUGUCAACAAGGAGAUGAGUGAAAGAUAUCGUGAAAGAAAGAACAAUAGACAUAAACACUUCAAAAUUCAUUAUGCUGGACCAGAAGAUUUGGAGAAUGUCCUCUCUAAGCCACCUGACCAUUGGGCAGAAUAUUUGUGAAUUGUUUUUGAGCGAAAGAUUUUUGGCUCGUUCCGCUAAAAAUCAAGCAAACAGAAAACAAAUGAAGUAUGUAACAACACAAGGCACAAAGUCGUUGGCAGCUAAGCGUCACCAAUAUGAGAACCCAGAUGCGCAUGUUGUUGAUACUUGGAGGGAUUCUCAUAUGAUAAAAUCGACAAAAUCUUUUGUCAAUGAGGCAGCUCAACAAGAUUAUGUAAGUGAAUAGUAUUGUUUUCUUGUUUAUAAUGUUUCUAAUUUUUGUUUAUAAUGUUAUCUUUAUACAGGAAAAAAUGGCAGCAGAGGUUCAGAGGUCACAGCUUGAGAGGCAGAGUCAACAGCUGAGUGAGGCAUCUCUUAAUGUAUCUGGCGUUGAUUCGUCCCCGGUCGAUCAAUACGAGAUACUAAGUAAAGUACUCGGGGAGAGAUCUGACUACCAAAGAGGAGUGGGUUAUAGGGCGAAAGGGAAGGCAAGAAAGACAACCUCUAGCUCUACAGAUCAAAGUCAGUCCCAAGAAAAUACUGCUGCUACGCCUAAUGAAGAUAUGACUACUAUGGCUCUGAUGAUGAAGGCAAUGCGUGAGACGCUUCAGAAGGUGGUACCUGAGCAACCCAGUAAUUUGUAUGACCCAUGGUUUGACAGUUUUCUGUAGAGGUAUUUGCCACCACAAUCUGAAGGUGGUUCGUCUUCUCAGAGUAACACUGCCAAUCCUGACCUUCAUACACCGCCACAGCAGCAGUACCAGUGUAAUGCCCCGAAUUUCCUAAUAAGGGUUAGGACCUUGAUUAGGAGGCCGGGAGGGCCAUAAUUGAUUUAUUAUGAUAUUAAAUGAUUAUAUGCAUGUUUAUGUGAAUUAUAUUAUUAUAUGAUGAUAAAUGCAUGCAUAUGGGGGUAUUUAUAAUUAUAAGGGCAUUUUGGUAAUUUGGCCUGUUGAGGGCAUAUUUAUGAAUUGGGUGCAUAUUGUAAUUUGUGAAUGAGAUUUCAUUAUUAUGGAGAUAUAUUCGAGCUAUUCGGCAUGAGACGAUCUUAUAUUAUUGAUUAGCGGUUUUGUCAUAACGAGGUCAAUUAUUGGGUAAUAAGAAUGUUUAUGUGAUGAUAAAUUGGGAGUAUUUGAGGUCAGGAGGAAAUUAUGAGAGUUUUGACUAUAAUGUCACCGGGGGUGUUUUUGGGACCCCGAGCACUAGGUUUUAUUUGAGGUUACUUAAGCUUGAAGUAGCUUGUCAGAUAGAACGUACGUUAGAAAACAUUUCCUCUCUCCUUUGUUAGCUCAUUUUACCGUUCGAAGCCUUUUUUGAAGAAAUCUUGAGUUCUAGGAGUCAGAAUCAAGCGAGGGUCGAGGUAUAGCGAUCCUAGGAAAGAUUAGAAGCUUCUUAACUGAAGGAUUCGACGGAAAACAACCCAAUCGAAGGUAAUCUAAGUUUAAGGUUUUGAGUUUUUAGAGUUUCUAAGCUUAGAAUUGGCUUUUGUGAAUCGUUGAGUUUUUGGUUCGAUUGAGCCUUGGGUUUUGAUGGAUUUGGACCAUUGGGAAGCUUGGAAACUUUAAUUUGAUGAUUUGGAAGUGUUUAGGUAUGUUUUUGGAGGGUUUGGAAUGAAGAAAAACGAGUUUGGGCAUGUUCUGGGUUGGGGGCCGCGACCCUGUUCUUGGAGUGCCGCGGCCCUAGCUUGAAGAAGAAGAUGGCUGAGAUUGUGCUUGCUAGGCGCUGCGGCCCUAUGUAUAGGGCGCCGUGGCCCUUGCUUCAGGAAUGGCUGGGGAUCGCGGCACAAGGUGCCAGGGUCGCAACCCUUGGUCAGGUUUGAGCCCGUUUGAGUGUUUUGGCCCCGGGAACAUAGUUUUAGGCCUCGGGAUUGUUUCUACUACCCGAAUUGGUGGGGAUUGAUGUCCCGGAGGCUAGAUAUUGGUUUGGAAACCUAUGUUGAUCAUUUUUAUUGAUGGUGUCCCAUAUUUGGUUAUGACUAGGUGACCGCUAAGGGCUUAAAGGUUGAUCAUUCUCAAGGGUCGUUCUUAUAUUAAUUCUCGCUCGAAUCAGAGGUAAGAAAACUGCACCCUAUGUAUAUGUGACAUGCAUGGUUAUUCUUAAUGCAUGUUGGAUUAUUAAAUGUGGCACGCAUGAUUAUUGUUGAGGCAUGUCAAGUGGUUAAAUAUGAUGCAUGUGAUGCACGAGAAACAUGUGAUUAGGGCAUGCUAUGAUUAUUGAAUAUGAGAAUGUUCAGAGCUUGAGCCUCUGUGUUUAUGCAUGGUCCUAAUUAUGCUAGUAAUUUUUGAGUAAGCAUGCUGAAUGCAUUGUAUUCGAGUAUUGGAUAUAUGAUAUAUGUUUGUUGGCAUUGCUUACUUGUAUACGGUACUGAUUAGUCAGGGAUACUGACCUAAGAGUCAGAAACGGCAUAGCGUCAUGAACGCAGGGUUGAAUGAAGAUUAGAUCUAAUCGAUAUCAACGUUGAAUGGCUCUAAAGCAUUAAUGCUGGACUGACCCUAAGGUCGAUGAAUCUUAUAAGCGCUUGCCUAGUCUAAGACUAGUUACUGAGAGCCAGGGCCUAAGGCCUAGGUGACUACUUGUCACAUGGCUAGGGAAUAGAGUUCCAUGGUUAUGACUCGAUGGUCAUGAGGAAGGUUAUGUUGGUGACUAAUCAUCAUGCACCUAUCCUGCCUAAGCUAGUGAAAGGAUCACUUAUCUAUAAGCCCCGGUGACCCUAUCGUCACAAGGCUGUUGGGAACGGAACCCACCUUAGUGACUGUACCACUGUCACUCUUCUAUAUUGGGCUAAAAGCCCUGGAUGAUUAUUAUGAUCAUUGGUUGAUGUGUUAUACUCAACAUUACGUGAACUCAUUUGCAUGUUGAAUAGGGCUAUAUCUGCUAGGCGUGUGCCUUAUGAUCUGAUGACAUGUUAUAAUUGUUCAUGAGCAUAUUAAGUUUUCUUGGUGGGCUUCGGCUCACGGGUGCUAUGUGGUAUGGGGUGGUUAGAGGUUCAUCGCAGCAACCAUAUGUGAGAUAUGGUGAGUUUGGGGGCGGGUCGCAGCCACAGCCUCGAGAUCAGUUUGGAGACCUCACGCUCGGACGAUCAUCACAGCCACCUUAUAUUCCUUCACCGCCACAGCCACAGGCGUCGCCCUCACCGCCACAGCCACAGGUGUCGCCCUCACAACCACACCAAAAUGUUGAAGAUGAGGUCAAUUUCAAUAUUAAUCUUAAUGAUUUU